UAUUCGAUAGACGAUAGCCCAUCAAAACUAUAAUUGUCGGCGUGGUUUCGAUUCGAUAUACUACCUCGGACUCAAUCGAAUAAUUUAAGCCACCUCAAAAAUUUCUUGGCUUGCUAAAAAACAUUUAUUUUCUUGACACUGCAGUUACCGAUAGCAAAGAAUCGAUUGCAUUGUGAGAGGAGUGUAGAGGCCCGGAUAUGGCGGCCGCGCAGCUCGCUGCUGGCACUGCGUUUUCUUGCGGCUUACCGAAGGAAACCAACAAAUUGUAUUCUUUGGCGGUAAGCUCGAAAGGGUUUCGGUGUUGGGUGGGAAAAAGAAGAAGCUUUGGGUCAAAAUUGUUGCUGCCAUCUCCAAUUGUUCGACGAAGGGAGAUUUUCCCAAGACUGAAUUGUCAGUUGAGGCCGGAUUGCAAUGUGGAGUCUGAUGACGUGGAGGAGACUGUUGCUCUUAAACAAGAAUCCCACUCCCUAGACUCAAAUGGAGGGCCUAGUGACUUGAAUGGGGCUGUCUCUUCUCAAAUAAGUGAGAAGAGAGAAGCUCCUACUGAUAACGCUGCAAGCAAUGUUAGGCGCGAGCUUGUGAUGUUGUCGUUACCAGCAAUUGGUGGGCAGGCGAUUGAUCCAAUUGUGCAACUGUUGGAGACUGCCUAUAUUGGCCGUUUGGGUGCUGUGGAGUUGGGUUCUGCUGGAGUCUCCAUCUCACUCUUCAACAUAAUCUCGAAGCUUUUCAAUAUUCCCCUCCUCAGUGUUUCUACUUCUUUCGUGGCUGAAGACAUUGCAAAGAAUGCAGGCAAACCCUCUACCAAUAAUGCAGUAGAAAAGCUGCAGCUAUCUUCAGUGUCAACUGCUCUGUUUUUAGCUGUUGGCAUUGGUAUCUUUGAAGCUACGGCACUUGUUUUGGGAUCUGGACCUCUUCUCAGUUUGAUGGGCAUAUCACCGGCUUCUUCAAUGCGUGCUCAUGCACAGCGGUUUCUUAUCCUGAGGGCCCUAGGUGCUCCUGCCUUUGUUGUUUCUUUGGCCCUUCAAGGCAUUUUUCGCGGCUUCAAGGAUACAACGACACCUGUAUAUUGUUUAGGAUUUGGAAAUUUUACAGCUAUACUCCUCUUUCCUCUGUUUAUGUAUUAUUUUCAGUUAGGUGUCAAUGGAGCUGCAAUUUCCACCGUUAUCUCUCAAUACAUUGUCACCUUCUCGAUGGUAUGGUGUCUUAACAAGAGGGCGGUAUUAUUGCCUCCAAAGCUUGGCGAACUGCAGUUUGGUAAUUAUCUGAAAUCGGGUGGUUUUCUAAUUGGGAGGACUCUUGCUGUUCUUCUCACGAUGACACUGGGUACAUCCAUGGCGGCUCGCCUGGGGCCCGUAGCUAUGUCUGCCCAUCAAAUUUGCACCCAAGUUUGGCUUGCUGUAUCACUACUUACUGAUGCACUUGGAGCAGCAGCUCAGGCCUUGGUCGCCAGUUACAUAUCCAAAAAAGAUUAUGCUAACGUGAAGGAUGUCACUCAGUUCGUAUUAAAGAUUGGUCUUGUUACUGGCAUUUCCUUGGCUUUGAUACUAGGUUUUUCUUUUAGUUCAUUGGCUCCGAUAUUUACCAAUGAUGCUGAGGUCUUGAGGAUCGUUAGAACUGGUGUCCUGUUUGUCUGUGCCAGCCAACCUGUAAAUGCUCUAGCUUUUAUACUUGAUGGUCUCUACUAUGGUGUCUCGGAUUUCCGUUUCGCUGCAAUCUCAAUGAUGGGGUCUGGUGCAAUAUCUUGUGUGGUUUUGCUAUAUGCUCCUAAGCUUGUUGGUCUUCCCGGUGUUUGGUUUGGUCUGACUCUCUUAAUGGCACUAAGAACAGCAGCUGGAUUCAUCAGAUUGUCACAACGUAGUGGCCCGUGGUGGUUCCUCCACAGCGAUCUUAACAAAGUCAAGCUUGUUUGAUGAGAAUUCAAGAAGUGGAGGAUGUUUGAGAAAUCUGUAGCCCUUUGGAGCCAUGGAAGAACAAUCUGCAGGAGCUUUGUUUGGAGGGUGGUGCAACACUGAAAUUUACAAUUUAUUAAUCAAGUGGAUGCAAUUUAGGUUUUCUGCUUUCUUCUUAAUGGUCAAAAGAUCACACAGUGUCUCAGAUUUAAAAUCAACACAACUUGUCUAAGGGCAUCGGCAACGCAGGCUUGCUCGCUCGUCCUGACAUAGCCAUGAGCUGCGUUGCAGGGGAUAGCGGAAUGGAACAUUAUCUCGUGGGGGAGAGGGAAAGCUAGCGGGCCGCUUGCCACAGCCAGCUAGAAUGGAGUGUGCAGCCCACAUGUGGACGUCCGAGUGAGCUUCAUUUCAGUCUAUUAAUAUUAGUAAUUUUUAAAUUUUUUUUAUAAAAUCGAUUUUUCCUUUUUUUCUCCAACUUUCUCGCCCACAAAUAAGAUAAUCCAAUCCCAUUCGAAUGAGUCAACUUGAAAAUGUUAAAUUUUUUUUUGCAUCUACAACACUUGAGGAAAGAAUGGCGAAUUAGUUGAGAAGAAGAAGGCAAACUGAUUUGCCAUGUCCAUCUAUGACGAAGAUAGCUACAAGCUUUUUAAGUGUGUCAAGACUUGAGAGAAGUUCUCCAUUCGAAAUAUUGGUCGGUGGCGAAGAAGAAGCCCAACCAAACACAUCGUCGGAGACCAAUACUCCACCAACAACGGGGAGGUGGCUCUACUUCGAUUGGAUAAAAGACGGUGAAACACAAAUGGGAAUAAAUGAGAGCGAUUCCGGUCAACACUUGAGAUGGCACACGAAGGGGGGUUGUAUAAUGUGUUGUUGAAGUCUACACCAAAGUCACGCCCCCAUAAGUUGGUUAUGAUUUUUAAUUAUGUAAUUUUUUUGCCUUUAAUGAUGUAAAUAUUUUAUUUUAAUGAUAUUUGUAUUAUUAAUUACAAUUUAAUUAGAACAUACAAUUUGGAUGUUGAGAUGAA